UCACUGAAAAAUUGAUUUAAAAAAAAUUUAAAUAUUUGUGGCACCCGCGCAAUAAAUCGAUUUUUUCCGUUGGCGACAGAUGGGCGGCAUUUCUUAUAUGUAGUGAUGAUUGAUGGACUUGAAGAAUGGUGGGUGACAAAGAUGAUGACAAAAAUUAUUAGCACAUUUUUGUUUUCCUUUGUUUCUUUUUUAAUAUUUUUAAAAAUUAAUUUUAAAAUAAUUUUAUUAUCAAUUUAAAAAUAUUUUUUGGAGGUUAUAAUUACAAAAAACAAUUAAUUAAUUAAUAUUGAUUAUCUAUAUUAAAUUGUUAUCAAUUAUUUAAAAUGUAUAUAUGUAUUAUUUUUUAAAUAAAUGAAUAUUUCUGUUAGAAAAUAUUGUUUUUGUAAUUAUAAUGAUGAAUCACAAAAAUGUAAUUAUGAUGAGAAAACUUGUAUUAAAGAUGAAUUUGCUGCUUGUUUUCGUGCUGUAAAACAGGAGUUUAAUGAGGAAACAAAAAAUUUUGAAUUAAUACAUUUAUUUGGUUGUGCUCCUCUUGAAAAAGGUUCGAAUGGUUCUCAUUUAACGUGUAAUGCUUGGCGUUUUGCCCAUUCCAGUCCAAAAUCUAUUUUUUGUUGUUAUGAGGGUAAUUAUUGCAAUAAACAUUUAACUAUACCUUCUUUUCCUUUAAUUGAACGUUCAAUAAAGAAAAUUGAAUAUUCUUCUUCUUAUUCUUCAAUUUAUACUUUAGAAUCUUUUAUUUUUACAUUUUUUGGAUUUUUGAUUGGUUUAUGUUUAAUUAUUUUAUUUGCAAUACCUUUAAUCCGAAAAAAAAAUAAAUUAAUUAAAAGAAAUUUAAAUAAAGGAGGAGGGAAAGAAGAAGAAGAAAUAAUUAAUUUAACAAAAAAUAAUUUAGAAAAUUCAAAAUCUUUUUUUGAAGAUUCUGGGUCUGGAGCUGGUAGAAUAAUUUUAAAUAAAAGGCGGAUAGCAUUAGAUUUACAAAUGAAAGAAAUAUUUUCUAAAGGAAGAUAUGGGGAAAUAUGUAAAGCAAUUUAUAGAGGAAGUUAUGUUGCUGUUAAAUUAAGUAAUGUAGAUUCUUUAACACAAAUGUUAUUAAUAACUGAUUUUCAUCCAUUGGGUUCUCUUUAUGAUUAUUUACGUUCAAAUUAUUCUUUAAAUUUUGAAGAAGCUUUAAAUCUUUCUUUAAGUACAAUAACUGGAUUAGAGCAUUUACACAAUCCGGUUAGAGGAACUGGGGAAUGUCAGAAAUUAGAGAUUGCCCACAGGGAUAUUAAAUCAAAAAAUAUUCUGGUUAAAAGGCCUGGUGUUUGUUGUAUUGCUGAUUUUGGAUUGGCAAUUGUUAAAAAAGAAGAAAAUUUUUUGAAAAAUAAUUUGGUAAAUAUACAAGUUGGGACUAAAAGAUAUAUGGCACCAGAAAUUUUAAAUAAAACAUUAAAUCCAAAUAAUUUUGAAGAAUUUAAAUGUGCAGAUAUUUACUCUUUUUCCCUUGUUUUAUGGGAAAUAAUUAAUUGUAUUCAAUUACCAACAACAAAUAACAAUUAUUCAAAACAACAAUUAAUUAAACAACAAAAUAAUUAUUUAGUUAAUUGUCAAUCAACAAAUUAUUCAAGUGGAAUUGCAAGUGGGGGAGGAACUACAACAACAACAACUUUACCUUUUAUAAAUAGUACAAAUAAUAAUAAUUUAAUUCCUUCAAAUAAUUCAAUUGUAAAUUUUUUAAAAAUAUUUUGGAGAAAAUUAAUUAAUUAA